AACUCAUUCAACUGGAUCAGAUAUUAAAAUGGAAAUAUACAGACAGUAGCAUGAAAAUAUAAUUAAGACUAAAUUCCUUCCUCAAGAGCAGACGUCUUGCAGUGGCCAGUCUGCUAGUCAUUCUUCAAGGUAACUGCACUUUCCUGACUCCACAAUGGUCACCAUAGUCAGUACGAAGUGUCAGUCCCUAGUCGAACAGAAGCGAGUUCAGUGGGCGAAAGAACGAAAGGAACUGGCCGGGCUGUGCGCCCCUUGGGGACGGCUGUCGACUCGAACAGAAGAUAAUUACCGAACCUGCAUAAGAACACGAUUCGUAUCAUCCACGACAGACCAGGCACCCCAGGAAAACGAGGAGGUGAGGCAGUCGUAUGACUACCCGAAACUGACAGCCGAGCUGCAAGCUGCAGCCUCCAUGAUGAGACGCAGACGCAGCCCAAACCUGCCACCUAUCUACAGUAGGACCAGCCCUGCGUGUCAGGAUGAAGAGUUGGCAAGAGGAAGUCACCCAUAUGAAAAUAAUCCUGAACCAGAAGAUGAGGGAGAAGGGGAGACUUCAGGCUAUGCAAGUGACUCUGGUGGUAUGUCUAAUGAACGCAACACUGACCACUGGAACCAGCAUCGUCAGGAGCAGUUUCAGAGACAUGACAACUGGAUGAGCGAUAAUCAAAUCCACGAUAAGGCUUCUGGAAGAUUCAGCAAACAGACACCAUGGAUCCCCUCAAAUAGGAGGUAUGGAACACCAGACUCUGUUGUCUCAACACCUCCACAUCGGAUGUGGUCAUGUGGUGCUAGUGAUGAAGUGAACAGAUUGCAGUGGGGAGAUCGAGGAGUUGGUGUUGGACACUUCUGGGAACCAGCUUUUCAUGAACCAGAUUCCAGACUGCCACAGGUGCAGACUAGUGGCAGAGGCACUCCUGGUUGGUUGGAAAGAGGCCUCAACAAGCUCAGUAACUCUAAUUCUUCCACGAGCUCAUCCACUCAAGUAUUAGUGAUCAACCAUGGCAGUCCAGACCAGAGUAACCUCAGCAGAGAACUUGCUGAUAGUUGUGAUACCAUCAGUACUCAGUCACAAAGCGAGUGUAACAGGACAUUCAUACGAGGACAGAAUGCACCAUUAGAGCCAGAGGUAUUGCUGGAAAGGGAACGAAAGAGACGAAAAGCUCUCGAACACCAGAAUGCCAUUCGUUUACAGUUAGAGGAGAGAGAACGAAAGAGGAAGGAAGAAAAAGAAAGACGAAUAAAGGAGGAAAGACAAGAAGAAGAAAGAAUAAAACAUGAACGAGAAAUAGAGAGAAAAAGGAUUGAAGAAGAACAAAGACGCCUGAAAGAAAGAGAGGACAAAGAGGUCCGCAAAGCUGCAGCAAUGCGAAAGGCCCUUGAGUAUGCUGAAAAGAAAGCAAGAGAAGAUAAGAGUCUGGCAAGCCGCAAGCAUAUGGUUGAAUCUGUUAAAUCCAGUGUCAUUACUGACAAGAGUCAUAAUAAAAGUUGGUUUGAUUCUAAUUCAGCUGAAAGUUCUGCAACUGACAAUACAACUUUAACAACACAAAACUCAACUGAAAUUAAAGAUUCUGUUACAGAUCUGUGCAGUACAACAGUUUCUAGUAAUAGUUCUAAUAGUGUUCCAACAGAGCAUGAAGAACUUCUGAAAAUAAAUGAUGGAACUCAGACUGGAAUAGAAACACAUAACGAUGCUUUGCUGAUAGCUGCAGAGACAGUUACCGUGCCUGCAGAUGGUCUAGCUGUAGUGUUAGGGAAUGCAGCAGAGGGACGUCCUCAUGAAAUAUUACCAACUCCAGGUGGAGGUGUCCAAUUUGCACUCCUGAUGUCCCCUUCACUACAGCAACCUCUGAUGCUGGACAAAAGACUGCUCACACCCAGCAAGUAUCGACCAAUAGGACAUGAGCGGGGAACUCAGACUGACUUAGAGGUUAUGAAAGGAAGCAGAAGUAGACGGGGCAAAGAUAAAGCUGACAAUCAAAUUACAAGAAAGGAUAGGAAGAAAUCUGCAAGUCUCGAAAGACCACAUCGAGGGUGCAAACUGCCACUACGGUGCCGCUCACAAUCACAGCCAACACAACCCCGAAUGAGGCUGGAGGAUCGUCCCAAGUGGGGUGUUAACAGACCAGGAACACAGUACAUUAAACAAAGUGAAAAGGACCCUUACUAUCAGCGUCGCUUGAAGCAAAGACUCCUUAGGGCAGCCAUGAUGGGUGGCGGGGAUACUGGAACAGAAAGUGACACCGGUUCAUGUCGUAGGAACUGUCACACCAGAGGCAGCAGUGAUGAGAACAGCAGAUCUCCAUCACCACAGCAAAGUUCAUAUCAUUUCAAUAAUGGAACCAACAAAAGGAAUGUUUAUCAUCCUAAUAGGACAAGAAACCUGGACAGAAACACAAAUAAAUUCAAUGAAGAAGAGGAUAAGUUACAUGUGCCAUCUGUGAAGAAUGAACAAUUAGAAAGCAAAAUUGUGUUGUUCAGAAACAGAAGUUAUAAUGUCGAUACUCCCAGCAAACCAGUGCAAGUGGAUAUUUCAUCUCCAAUUAUAGAAAAUAUAAUGAACAGAGACAGUACCCAACAGAAAACUUCAAACCAUAUAAUGCCAUCAAACAUAUUACAUAACUUCUCAGUUAAAGGUUCCAGGCGUUUGUUGAACAGACAGAAUGAGAUACCUAUCACCGUAAGCAGCAGUACAAAGGAACAAUGGUCAAGAGCAAAGGAUAUACUGUCACAACUCUCUUCUCUUCGUCAGGGACUUCUAAUUAAACAGCAAGAGUGGGAAUUAACUAGGAGCCACACACCACAGUCAGAAUCUUCAUGGAAUUCUUGAGACAGAC